AAAUUUAUUGAUAAAAAAAUUUCAGUAAUUUAUUGAUUGUAAAUAAAAAAUUUGACUAAAGAGAUAAAAGCAGUACACUUAGGAAGACUCCCCAAAACUCAGCAAGGCUUCUUGCCACAGUUGCCUAUAAUCUGAAGCUGCAAGUUGAAGUUGAAAUCUUCGUCUCGCUCUUGCUGAAAUGGUUGGUUCUCAAAUCUCAAUAGUUACCCGUCAAAGGGAUAGGAAAUUGCUUGUAACAGCAAAGUGGAAAAGCCAAAAAACUGAAGGGUAAUGGAUCACAGAAGAUUGCACUGUCAAUGGCGAAAAUGGAGAACAGCCGAAAAACUGUCUUCCAAAUCCGGGAGCAAGAAAUUCGCAAAGAUGGAUAUGCAGAAGAAGAAAGAAUAUGCGUGGAGCUUUC